AUGGUGGCUACGAAGACUGCAUCUGCCGAACCAGCUCCAUGGGAAUCUGUGCCUGCCCAUGAGCAGCUUUUUGUCCUCAUCACCGGUGCGAAUAGUGGAAUCGGUCUCGGUACAGCCCAAGCUCUCAUUGACGAUUUCCUGGCCACGCGGUCCCUCAGUUCGCACCUCAUUGUGAUCCCCACGACACGGUCUGGCUCCAAAUCCCUCGAGACGAUCCGGCAACUGCGAGAAUAUGCUACCAAGGCGGCCAAGACAUCAAAAGUCUUGUCGCGCGGCGGCGCCGACUAUAAAUGGGAAGAUGCCGCCUCGAGAAUCCACAUCUUAAGCCUGACGCUGGAUUUGUGUGACCUCCGUGGCAUUUGGGAUUUCGCGCAUAAACUGCGGUACGGGACUGUGAGAAACCCUGAGGGUUUGGAGGGGGAAUAUUUGCGGAAUGUGAGAAUCCCUCGGCUGGACAGCAUUAUCUGCAAUGCAGCUUUUGGUGGGUGGGCGGGAAUGAACUACUUCGCCGCCAUUCGGUCGUUUUUUACAAAGGGCAUUAUACAGACGGCAACCUGGCCUGACUUUAAGCUGUCAUUGCCGACUUGCCUCUUGAACGAGCGGCCAGUACUCAACUACCCCGUCAAACCUUUGCUGGGCGAAGUCUUUUGCGCGUGUGUCUUUGGCCACUACAUCCUCGCCCAUAAGCUCCUUCCCCUGCUGAGCAGAUCCUCCGAGAACGAGGCGCCCGGCCGUAUCAUCUGGUCAAGCAGCCUCGAGGCGGUCCGAAAAGUCUUUGACGUCAACGACGUACAGUGUUUCACGCGUCCCGAGGCAUAUGAAUCUUGCAAAAGACUCACUGACCUCCUCUGCCUGAGCUCCUCUCUCCCUGCCGCUCGGCCAUUCUCCUCUCGCUUCCUCACCAUUGAUGACGACGCCGAAGCUGCCAAGAAGCAGCUUGUCCGGCCGAAAAUCUACCUCACCCACCCAGGCGUGGUGGCCAGCACGCUGUUCCCACUUCCCUGGUUUCUCUUCUGGUUGUACGAGAUUUCGCUCGUCGUCUGCCGCUGGGUCGGCUCCCCCUGGCACAAUGUCACCGGCUACAAUGGCGCCAAGGCAGCCUCUUGGGUCGUCCUCCAAACCCAAGAAGCCCUCGAUGAUUCUGACGCAGAACGCGUCAAAUGGGGCAGCAGCACGGAUGUCAGGCUCAACGUUGACGUGAAGAAGACAGAAGUGGAAGGGUGGGGGUGGGAAGGCAAGCCCGAGACGCCUGAUACUAUUGCCGCCGACUCUGCUGUUGGUGUUUUGCACAAGUCCGUUGGGAGAAAGACUGGUACUAGGGAUGCGACUGCGGAGGAUAUUGCCGAGUUUGAGGAGGUUGGUGCCCGGUGUUGGCAGCAGCUGGAGGAGUUGAGGGCCCAGUGGGAGGACAUCCUUGAGCGUGACGGCAAAUAG